UUGAAUUUCUGCACAGAAACUGUGAUAAAAUGAGGCACAACCGGAUAAAAGGAUUGACCAGGAGUCUUGCGGAAGAAUCUUCCCGUUAGUUAAGUGUUUUUCGUAACCAUAUUCGUGACCUGUAUCGAAAUGUCAGCGAAAGGCUCCGCGUUUGUGGGCAACUUGCGGCCAAAGCGAAAAGUGUGCCCCGAGUUGACCCGCACCUUCCCGUUGCCGGUGUUCGGUGAAUCGAAAUCGGAAGCAGGUCAGAUUGAGGGCGUUUUCACUGGGUUUUCAGUGGAAAUCGUCGAUCCGGAUUCAAUCCGGAAUCUCUGUUUGAACGGGGGAUUUGGCCAAGGAUUGUUUUCAAGGUCAUUUCCCGCGUGCAUCACAAACAGUUCCGAGACGAACCGGAGACGAAAGCGACCGGUUGAAUCCAUCUCUGGGAAGAACCAUCCAGCCGGCAGUAAUGAACCGUUGAGUUUGUUUCUCGAGGAAGCAUUCUUCUUGAUGCACAAGUUGAACAUUUUAAGGAUCAAAACAAACUCAGAAAAGGAACUCAGCGUAUCGGAGGUGUUUGCAAAGUUUCGGAGCAUCAAAAAGGAUUUCGUAGCGAGCUACUGUGCGUACCUGUACCUGAAAUCGAAGAACUGGGUCGUCAAAUGUGGCCUAAAGUUCGGUGGGGAUUAUGUGAUCUAUGUCAGGGGACCGCAGUUCUACCAUGCCUCUUAUAUCGUGCUGAUCGAGGAGCUGGCCGGGGGCAAACCACUGAAGACUCACACGGUCGAUGGGCUGGACUUCCAGGGGUUUAACCGGAUUGCGGAGACGACGGCGAAGGACAUACUGUUUCUAGAAGUGCACUAUCCAGAGGACUUUCGGAUGGAAGACAAUCCCUACUGUCUAGAUCGGUUAAAAGACGUUCGGGUGGGAGAGAAGUUUACGAAACAUCAUAACUUUAUUGCUGCCCGAACUCAAACAUGAAACAAUGGAAGGAGAUUAAAAAAUUCA